AUGGGACAGGUCAGAGGAAGGCCUGGCCCAUCACCUUCUACAACUCUGAACCAACAGUCGUCGGAGGACCCAUCCCUUACCUCCAAAGAUCAUAGUUCAAGCUCGAACAGUGGGGACAGUGUACGUAAUUCUAGGGAGUCACUGGUACAAGGUAUACGACAGCCAGUUUCGCAGUCGAGCUCUGAAUCAGAAAGAUCACGGCCGUCUCAGGCACCACAAGUCAAACGGUCUAGCCGCUCAGAGAGAGAGAAGCUCAAAGAGGCGCACGCCCGUGGUCUGCUUGUGAAGUAUGACGAGAACGUUGAUGGAGGGUAUCUCGCACCGUACGGUACUUAUAACUUGAACUUGGACUACCAGAUCAGCGUUGUCAAAGAGGCUAUAAUAGAGAGGAAAUUGGCACCUUUUUAUACUCCUCUACAGGACUUUGAUGCGUCCUGGACUGAUGAAGAUCUGUUGGCGGUGUUGAGCAACUUGAAAUUACACGCUUUACCGCACGAGGCGGAAGACGAAGAUGAAGAUCUUGAAUACGACGAAGCAUCUGUUGAUGAAUCCCUACUAUCGAAAAAGGAGUUGAGACGUCACCUGUCCAAAAAAUUCAACAAGCAACUCAAGUUGAAGAAGCUGGAAUGGCAAGCUGCAGAGGAGAAGCGUUAUCUCGAAGAAAGAGCAACGUCGAGGCAAGCUGCAUCGGAUGAUUUGAAGUUAGAGCUGUACCGUACAAGUGUCGAGUGUCCAAUUUGUUUUCUCUACUAUCCAAGAUGGCUGAACUAUUCACGGUGUUGCAACCAUGCGAUAUGUACGGAAUGCUUUGUACAGAUCAAAAGAUUGGAACCGCAUCUCCCACAUGACCAUGAUGAUGAAGGAGACAACAACGGUGAAGACCAGAAAGCGAAAGCUGAACAAGAUCCAAACCUACUAAUCUCUGAAUAUGCAUGUUGUCCUUACUGUGCCACUCCAAACUUUGGAGUUAUCUAUUCACCACCGGCCUACAUCCGUACAGGGUUGGGAGGUAUCCCUCCUGCGUUGUUCAAAUCCCCACUGAAAUCAUCCGGUAACGGUAAUAUCACCACUGAUGCCAUUACGGACGAGGAAGAUCUGAAUGCGUUUGAAGUCCAAGAGAAUUACUUCAGAAAGGCAUCUAUGGCAAGUGCAAUGAGUAUAGCAACACAACGUCGUGGGUCUUUACCUGCUACUCACCCACAAGUAAUUACAACUGAUUUCAUCAGACCUGACUGGGAACAGAACCUGAACAAUGCCAGGGCCAAAUUGGCCAAAAGAGCUGCAGCUGCAAGUGCUAUUCACGCUAGCAACAUGUUGAUUCAAUCAAAUGAGAAUGAAAUUGAACAGAAAAUGAUCCAAGAAGCCAUGAGGCUGAGUUUGCUAGAGGAGGAAUCCAGAAAGAGACGUGCUUCAGUGAAAUGA